CACACCGCGCAGCCACUGAGUACGGAGCUAGAGAAACAUGUUUACUGGAGCUUCCAAUUAAUCCCCAUUUUUUUUUUUCAGAAAACCAACUAUUCCUCAUGCUGUCUGUGUGGGACAUGAUUUUUGUGAAGGAAAAGCUCAGUUAAAAAUCCUCCGACAGAGAUUGCACCAAACCGGUUCAAGUUUCAUCCGUGUGGAGUAGAAAUACUCCCCCCCUGACCAGCGUGGACUGAUGAUGUCGUUAAUGGUUCACCUGAAGACGGUCGCUCACCUGCGGGGGAAAGGUGACAGGAUCGCCAAAGUUACGUUCAGAGGUCUACCCUUCUUCAGUCGAGUGGCGGAGAACUGUGAAGAUGUGGUCAACUUUAAUGAGAUAUUUCGAUGGCCGAUUGCCAGCAAGCUGGAUGGAAACGAGAUGCUGGAGAUCCAAGUGUACAACUACAGUAAAGUCUUUUCUAACAGACUGGUUGGGACCUUCUGUAUGGUACUUCAGAAGGUGGCUGAGGAGGGACAUUUAGAGCUCACCGACACACUCAUUGAUGACAACAACACGUCAAUAAAGACCAGUGUUACCUUAGAGAUCAGAUACCAGUCCAUGGAUGGCACGGUGGGGGUGUGGAGUGACGGGGAGUUCCUGGAUGUUCCUGAUGACCGUGACGGGAUCUUUGCCUUUGAAACAGACAGUUUACUGUCAGGACAGAGCCACGGAUCAGGGGUGUCUCCUGGAAGAUCACUACAGGGAUCCAUUCCCACCUUUAGAAAAUCAAAAGACAAGAAGGAAAGAGAAAUUAAGAGAGCAGGGAAAGGAGUUUUCUCAGCCAUGAAGCUCGGCAAGAUCAAGAGCGCUAAAGAGGAUCACAGGAGAGCAGAUGAGCCAGCGGUCCUGGACAUGGAGGACCUGGACAGGAAGGCAAUGCGUCUGGCUGGAACCCUGGACCCUGACACCAUCUCUCUUGCCUCUGUCACUGCGGUCACCACCAAUGUCUCCAAUAAGAGGUCUAAGCCAGAUAUCAAGAUGGAACCAAGCUCUGGGCGACCUGUGGAUUAUCAGAUCAGCAUCACAGUGAUCGAGGCCCGGCAGCUGAUAGGCCUCAACAUGGACCCAGUGGUGUGUGUGGAGAUUGGAGACGACAAGAAAUACACAUCUAUGAAGGAAUCCACUAACUGCCCUUACUACAAUGAGUAUUUCGUCUUUGACUUCCACGUCCCUCCUGAUGUCAUGUUUGACAAGAUCAUCAAGCUAUCAGUCAUUCACUCCAAAAAUCUUCUGCGGAGUGGGACCUUGGUGGGAACCUUCAAGAUGGAUGUGGGGACUGUUUACUCUCAGCCUGAACACCAGUUCUACCACAAAUGGGCCAUCCUGUCUGACCCUGACGACAUCACAGCAGGGUGUAAAGGAUACAUAAAGUGUGACAUUGCUGUCGUGGGGAAGGGCGACAACAUUAAGACCCCUCACAAGGCCAACGAGACCGAUGAAGACGACAUAGAGGGAAACCUUCUCCUACCAGAGGGCAUUCCAGCAGAGAGGCAGUGGGCAAGAUUUUAUGUGAAGAUCUAUCGAGCUGAGGGACUUCCCAAAAUGAACACCAGCAUCAUGGCUAAUGUGAAGAAGGCCUUCAUUGGGGAGAACAGAGACUUGGUGGACCCUUAUGUUCAAGUGCAGUUUGCUGGGCAGAAAGGGAAGACUUCAGUCCAGAAGAGCAGUUAUGAACCAAUCUGGAAUGAGCAGGUCGUCUUCACUGAGCUCUUUCCUCCACUCUGCAAACGCAUGAAGGUUCAGAUACGAGAUUCUGAUAAGGUCAACGACGUUGCCAUCGGAACCCACUUCAUUGACCUCCGAAAGAUAUCAAAUGAUGGUGACAAAGGGUUUUUGCCCACUAUGGGUCCAGCUUGGGUCAACAUGUACGGCUCCACACGUCAGUACACUCUGAUGGACGAGCACCAGGACCUGAACGACGGACUUGGUGAGGGUGUGUCUUUCAGAGCCCGUCUCCUUCUCUCCAUCGCUGUAGAGAUCCUGGACACCACAUCACCUGAAAUCAUCAGCUCCACUGAGGUGCAGAUGGAGACGGUCUCCAACAUCUCAGAGAGCGCCACGGGGAAAAUGGAAGAGUUCUUCCUCUUUGGUUCCUUCCUGGAGGCCACCAUGAUUGACAGGAAGAUUGGUGACAAAGCAAUAAGUUUUGAAAUCACAAUCGGUAACUAUGGCAACCAGAUAGAUGGUGUAAGCAAGCCUUCAUCAACAAAAAAGAAGAAAAAGGAUGGAGAAGAAGAAGAGGAGAAUGAGCUCAUCCAGAAUUCGAGUGAGGAUGAGGCGGACGAAGAUGGGGACCUGGUUUCUGUGUCCACCACCCCUCUGAUGAAGCCUAUGAUCACAGACAGGAAUUACUUCCAUCUCCCCUACUUUGAAAAGAAGCCUUGUGUCUACAUCAAGAGCUGGUGGCAGGACCAGAGGAGACGACUGUAUAACUCCAACAUGAUGGACAAGAUUGCUGAUAAGCUGGAGGAGGGAUUGAAUGAUGUUCAGGAGAUCAUUAAAACAGAAAAGGCUUUUCCUGAGCGCAGACUCAGGGGAGUGCUGGAGGAGCUCAGCGUCGGCUGCAGCCGUUUUGUGACGCUUGCUAACAAGGACGUUAACCAGGCAGGAAGAACCAAACUGGAUCGAGAGCGGCUCAAGUCCUGCAUGAGAGAGAUGGACAGCAUGGCCCAGCAGGCCAAACAGAUCCGGACUCAGGUGAAGAAAAACACAGUCAGGGACAAACUCAAACUGGUGCAGAACUUUCUGCAGAAGCUUCGAUUUCUGGCUGAUGAGCCUCAGCACAGCAUCCCAGAUGUUUUUGUCUGGAUGAUGACCAACAACAAGCGCAUCGCUUAUGCCCGCAUUCCUUCUAAAGACAUUCUGUAUUCUAUCGUGGACGAGGAAACCGGAAAGGACUGUGGAAAAGUCAAAGCUGUAUUCCUCAAGCUGCCGGGUAAGAAGGGGUUCGGUCCUGCCGGCUGGACAGUCCAGGCUAAGCUGGAGUUGUAUCUGUGGCUCGGCCUGAACAAGCAGAGGAAGGACUUCCUCAAUGGUCUGCCUAAUGGUUUUGAAGAGAUCAAAGCAGUUAAAAGUGGCCCUGGUCUUCACUCUGUACCACCUGUCUGUCUGGUCUACGACAUGAAGCAGGUGUUUCAGCUGCGGGCACACAUGUACCAGGCUCGUAGUCUGUUUGCAGCUGACAGCAGUGGCCUUUCAGAUCCCUUCGCUCGGGUUUUCUUCUCCACACACAGCCAGGUCACUGAGGUCCUCAGUGAGACUCUUUGUCCUACAUGGGACCAGCUGCUGGUGUUUGACGAUGUGGAGCUGUUUGGGGAAGCCAGUGAGCUACGAGAUGACCCGCCAAUCAUCGUAGUGGAAAUCUACGACCAGGACACUGUGGGCAAGGCAGAAUUUAUAGGUCGGACGUUUGCGAAGCCCACCAUCAAGAUGUGUGACGAGCACUACGGCCCCCCGAGGUUCCCCCCCCAGCUGGAGUACUAUCAGGUCUACAGAGGCAACUGCACUGCUGGGGAACUGUUAGCUGCAUUUGAACUGCUGCAGAUACCUUUUGAUGAAGAGUCGAUAAGGCGAGCUCUGAUCGCUGUCCAUAACUUUGCUGUACCUCAAAUAAAGAUUGGUCAAGGUGGGAGGGCUGAUCUCCCUCCCCUUGAAGGGCCAACAGACACCGAGCACGGACCCAUUCUGCCAGUGCCAUUGGGGAUCCGACCUGUUCUGAGUCGCUACCGCAUAGAGGUUUUGUUCUGGGGCUUACGGGACCUGAAGAGGAUCAACCUGGCUCAGGUAGAUCGGCCACGUGUGGACAUAGAGUGUGCAGGUAGAGGUGUGCAGUCUGUCCUCAUCCAGAACUACAAGAAAAACCCAAACUUCAGCACCCUGGUCAAAUGGUUCGAGGUGGACCUUCCAGAGAACGAGCUCCUCCACCCUCCACUCAACAUUCGGGUGGUGGACUGUCGGGCGUUUGGCCGUUACAUCCUGGUGGGGUCACACGCCGUCACCAGCCUGAGGCGUUUUAUCUACAGCACCCCUGACAAGACCUCCAACAACUGGGCCACUGCAGCUAAGCUUAUGAAUGGCUACAUGGUCCUUACAAAUGGCGGCUCUCAGCCUCGCUCCUCACCCAGCCUUUCCUCCCGCACCUUCUCUCGCCCUGCAGGUGACAUCUUGGUCAACGUGGACUCAGAUCCGUCGAUCCGAAAGAUGGACACAGUCGUCAAGCUGGACGCUAUGUCUGACGCUGUUGUAAAAGUUGACAUGACUGAAGAGGACAGCGACAAAGACAAAAAGAAGAAAAAAAAGAAAAAGAAGGGAGGAGUAGAAGAAGAAGAGGAGACAGAUGAGAGGAUGCUGGACUGGUGGUCCAAAUAUUUUGCCUCAAUCGAGACACUGAAGGAGACACUCAGGGCACAGGAGGCAGCUCAGGCUGAGGCAGAGGAGAGAGAGGACCUGGAGAUUGCUGCAGAGGCAGGAGAUUUCAAACCCGAUGACCUUCUUCUGAAAGGCUCCAAGACAAAAGACAAGAGCAAAGAAAAGAAGGGCUUCAAAGACAAGAAGAAGGGUCAGGUUGUAGACGGCGCUGAGAAAAAGCCUCCUAAAGCUAGAGUGGAUGAGCUAAUGGUUUACAACAAGGAGUUGGAGACUGAGUAUGGAAACUUUGAAGACUGGCUUCACACUUUUAACCUGUACAGAGGAAAGGCUGGGGACGACGACGAACACGCGCUGGAUGAUGACAGGAUUGUUGGUAGAUUCAAGGGAUCCCUGUGUAUGUACAAGCUGCCUCUGUCAGAGGAGAUUACAAGAGAGGCGGGAUUUGAUCCAAAUAUGGGCAUGUUCCAGAGCAUUCCACACAACGAUCCGAUCAACGUCCUUGUUCGUGUCUACGUGGUCCGGGCCACAGAUCUUCAUCCUGCUGAUAUCAAUGGAAAGGCAGAUCCUUAUGUUGUUAUCAAGCUGGGAAAGACAGAGGUGAAAGACAAAGAGAACUACAUCUCCAAACAGCUCAAUCCUGUUUUUGGAAAAUCGUUUGACAUUGAGGCCACCUUCCCCAUGGAGUCCAUGUUGACCGUGUCUGUGUACGACUGGGACCUUGUUGGCACUGACGAUCUGAUCGGAGAAACAAAGAUUGAUUUGGAGAAUCGAUUCUACAGCAAAUACAGAGCUACCUGUGGGAUUGCAUCCAACUACUCUGUACAUGGAUACAAUGUUUGGCGGGACCCUUUGAAGCCCACUCAGAUCCUGGCAAAGCUCUGUAAGGACGGCAAACUUGAUGGGCCUCAUUAUGGACCAGGAGGAAAAGUCAAGGUGGCAAAUCGAAUCUUCACAGGACCAACAGAGAUCGAGGAUGAAAAUGGUCUGAAGAAGCAGACAGAGGAGCAUUUGGCUCUGACGGUGCUGAACCACUGGGAGGAGAUCCCACGGGUGGGCUGCAAACUGGUCCCAGAACAUGUGGAGACUAGACCCCUGCUGAAUGUUGACAAACCUGGCAUUGAACAGGGCCGUAUUGAGAUGUGGGUGGACAUGUUUCCUAUGGACAUGCCUGCACCUGGACCUGCCAUUGACAUAUCACCAAGGAAACCAAAGAGAUAUGAGCUCAGGGUGAUUAUUUGGAAUACAGACGAAGUAAUACUGGAGGACGAUGAUUACUUCACUGGGGAAAAGUCCAGUGACAUAUUUGUCAGGGGCUUUGAGCUGCGUGUUGUUAUUUGGAACACUGAUGACGUAAUUCUAGAGGACGAUGCUUUCAUGACAGGAGAGAAGAUGUCUGACAUCUAUGUCAGGGGAUGGCUUAAAGGUCAGCAGGAGGACAAACAGGACACAGAUGUUCACUACCACUCUCUGACCGGUGAGGGAAACUUCAACUGGCGCUUUGUGUUCCCCUUCGAUUACCUCAUGGCUGAGGAGAAGAUUGUCAUCUCUAAGAAGGAGUCCAUGUUCUCGUGGGAUGAGACAGAAUACAAAAUCCCACCUCGCCUCACACUGCAGGUGUGGGAUGCCGACCACUUCUCUGCUGAUGACUUCCUGGGUGCAAUUGAGCUGGACCUAAACCGGUUCCCCCGUGGUGCCAAGACGGCCAAGCAGUGUUCCCUCAACAUGAUCCGAAAUGAGCAGGAGUUGCCGACUAUCUCCAUCUUCAAACAGAAGAGAGUGAAGGGCUGGUGGCCAUUUGCAGCUCGUGAUGAGAAUGAUGAGCUGGAGCUCACGGGUAAAGUAGAGGCAGAACUUCAUCUGGUGACAGCAGAGGAGGCAGAGAAAAGUCCUGUGGGACUAGGACGAAAUGAGCCGGACCCACUGGAGAAACCAAAUCGUCCGGACACCAGUCUAAUGUGGUUUCUGGGCCCACUGAAGUCCAUUCGUUACUUCAUCUGGCACAACUACCGCUGGCUGAUCCUCAAAGUCCUGGGCCUGGUGCUGCUGCUGCUCAUGCUGGGCCUCUUCCUCUACUCUAUCCCCGGCUACCUGGUCAAGAAGAUACUGGGGGCCUGACGUGCUGGUAGCCUCCGCCCCCUCCUCAGUGUCUCUGCUUCUCGUAUUAACCCCCUUUUUGCUUCCUGGAUUCUUCUGUUGUAGCUGUAGCUCCUCUUCAGUGUCUCUGUUAUCUCUUUUUAUAUGCACUCUUUCUCUCCUCUGUGGCCCUAUCUGUAGAUUAGUGACUGUGUCUUCUAUCACCAAGUGCCAUUAUACAUCUUUUAAGUGACCAACUGUUUAGUUCAGGAACACACAGGGUCGAUUCUAGGAGGGAUAGAGCCAACAAAAUGCAGUUUUCAUCACGUGCUUGAUGUUAAAGAAGGAAAAGUUUUCUAUUACAAAUAUUUCAAUAUGUGUGCAACUUCAACAUGGUUUUAGAAUUUUAAAUGUUUUACAUGAUAUUCAAAAAGAAUUUGAACACUGAUAAUACAACUCCAUAUUUUUACAACCACAAGACUUGAAUGUUUGACUUAAUUGUUCUUCUGUAUUAAGUCUAGCUGUGUUUCCAUUACCCUUAGAAAUGCGCAAAAUCUAAGUAGCGCAAUAAAAAACUGGUAAUGGAAACACCUGAAUUUCAAAAAACCUCGCAAAUAUUACUAAAAAGUUUUUACGCUCUCAUGAGGAGGUUUUUCAGACGUUUAGAUAUAGAAAUAUAAUUUCAAGUGCAAUGAGAGCACUUUUUCCACAUUUACAGUUUACAGGACGUAAUGUACGGUGUCACAUGACCAGUUCACUCCCAGACAACAUGAUGCAGUACGUGUGGGCAGAAGAGGAGACUGAGACUUUUCUUGACAUCAUACUGAUACCCUUAUACGUGGCUUUUGGCAUACAGACGGGCUUUUUGCCUCUGAACUAUCAUCCGUAGCCUUUGUCUCUUGUUCAAAAUGAUCAAAGCAACCACUGUAGAUGUAAUCAUAACCAA